AUGCCUAGGUCCCUAGCUGAUUGCAGGCUGGUCCUUACGCUCUGGAAGAAGAUGGGCAGCAAUGUCGGAAUCUACGCAACCGAGGCCUUGGAAAGGUUCACCUUCCUAGGGACUGCAGGGCGAAGGAACUUCGUGGCUUUUCCCUCCACCAAAACCUACUUUCCACACUUGGACCUGAAGCCAGGCUCUAGCAAGGUUAAAGCCAAUGCCCAAAAGGUGGCCGACGCACUGACUCUCGCUGCACAGCACCUGGAUGACCUGCCUGCUUCUCUGUCUGCUCUCAGGGAUUUACAUGCGCACAAGCUCCUUGUGGACCCAGCUAACUUCCAACUCUUCAGCCACUGUCUGUUGGUGACUCUUGCCCGGAACUAUCCUGGAGACUUUAGCCUGAAGAUGCAUGCCUCCUUGGACGCCUUACCUGGAUCACGUGACUUCGGCACUGGUCUCCGGGUCUGGCUAACCUGA